AAGUGGGAAAUUUGAAGAUGGCGAGAAGGAAGGAGAGGGAGCAAGACAGACUAUCGUGUACAUUUGUUUUCGAUGGCACGUUGCAAUCAAGAGUACGAGGAACAUUAGUUAUUGAACUUAUCAAGUAUCUACUUUAUGAAAGACAGCAGAUCCCUCUGCCUAUUGACUACGUGAAGCAAGAAUUGAAAAGAAUAUCAGAAAGUCAACUCGGAAACGAACAGAAUGGUGGAAGAAAACCAAAAAGUCGACAGUUGAACAAAUUAGAGAUAAAGCGAGCCACCAAUACACUGAAGAACUUUGAUGAAUUAUCAUCACAUGUGCUGCAGGUUUUUGAGAUAUGUCCAGAAAUCCAUCAGGCUCUUCUGAUGUUUGGGGGAACUUCUGUCAGUCCUAAAGAAUCCUAUCUGGUUAAUCUACCAGGGAUUAACCCAGAGGCAGAAGGUCUCCCUCUGAAAACUUGUGUUAGAUCCCUGUACCGACAACUUAUAUCACAAGACAUAGUGGGUGGCUCCAAGCCAAUCGGAACCACAUGCUUGAGGGUGUUACUUCAUGCUCCAAGGGAGGCCGGAGUGGAAUGGUUCCUCCCAAAACCUGCUUUCAGAGUACCAAUGAGGGGGAAGCAAUAUGUUAUGAAUUUUUGUGGAAAACAUUCAAACUCCUACGGUCACAAUAUAACUAGGGAUGAAUAUGAAAUAGAAAUAUCAGGAAUUGAACCGUUGGAGUGCUCAAAUGUGAGUGUGCCUCUAGAAGAUGAAAAUGAAGAGGAUCUGUCAUUCUUGUCAAAUAAAUGGCUUCAUAAUAGCACAGAUGGCUACAACAACCAGUCUCAGGACAGUCUAACGCCAAAGGACACAAACUCAACAGAUACACUCGUAGAGAGUGUGGUAAACAUGCAGUUCAAUGAUGUGAUAGAUGAAAGUGCAGAUGAAAGGGUAUUCACACUUAACAAAGAGCAGUACAUGUGGUUCCAGGCACCACUGGUGGUGAAAGGUUAUAGAGAUAGGACAUCAAGGCAGGCUUCAAUGACUGAUGGUUUGAUGUAGACUAUGGGCAACAGGACCUCUGUGACUAAUGACUUGAUAUAAUCUGACUGGUGGUUUGAUGUAGACUAUAUGGGCAACAGGACCUCUGUGACUAAUGAUUUGAUAUAAUCUGACUGGUGGUUUGAUGUAGACUAUGGGCAACAGGACCUCUGUGACUAAUGACUUGAUAUAAUCUGACUGGUGGUUUGAUUUAGACAGGGUCGUAAUGCAUAAAAAGACAUGCAGUGGCGAAGGGGCGACAAGAGAGGAGGAUUUAUUUCAACAAUUGAUAAUACCACUUUGACACCAAGUAAUCAAAUCAUGUUUACAUUUAUUAUUUAUCAUCACAAAUUAUUUGUAGACAUGCCAAUAUUCAAAUGGACAAAUCUUUGUUGGCAUCUGAUCAGUAAAUAAGAGAUCAUGGCAUCUGAUCAGUAAAUAAGAGAUCAUGGCAUCUGAUCAGUAAAUAAGAGAUCAUGGGAUUGAACUCUAUUUUUAUAAAACACAUGCAUGCAUGCAUUGACAAGAUAACAAAUCGCUUGUUAGAUCAUAACUAAAUGACAUCUGAUUUUUCCUGUAAUCACUUAAAUUUAUUCAAGACCAUGCAGAACAUGUAUAAUUGCUUUCCCUUUUUAACUUUAUUUUUAAUACUCUUUUAACACCUAGUAAGCACACACAUCACACACAAUACAGAUUUUCUGGCAAUCCAAUACAUGUACAACAAGAUUAUCUUAGAAUGUGUAUGUAUCAUAUCAUAUUAUAUAUUUCAAUAAUUAAUGUAAGCAUUUUUGUAAAUGAAUCAGAUGACUACACAUUGUACCAUGUUAAACCAUGAACUGUUGCCUGACAAGAUAUAAAAAUGUUUUUGUUACAUAUGUAUGUAGGUGUUCUGAUUUGGGUCAAUCUUUCCUCCUCAGGUAUCAUCCCAGACCGUCGUUUUGAUAUUCCUAUAUUGUUCAUGUGAAAAAAAAUGCUCCUGUAAUAUAAAAUAAUAUAAUAAAACCAUACCAAUUUACUAGACCCAGAAACAAUAUAAUAAAACCAUACCAAUUUACUAGACCCAGAAAAAACAGAACGGUUUAUACAAUUUACAUCAUCAAAUUAUAAACAUAAUUCUGGUAAGAGUCAACUUUUACUUAAAACAGCUUCUUUAUAACCAAAAGGCCCAGGGUGAGUUUAUUUGGAAACUAGCAUGCUGAGAAAGGGCUUCCAAGGUUGUUCAAAUGAAUGACCUUCAAGGUCAAAAGGGUGAAAUAUUUAAAAAAUUCUGAAUAACAAAAAUUUUGCAUAGGGUGCAAUUUGGGCAGCAGAAUGCUCAGAUGAAGAGCUAUCAAGUUUGUUUGUGUGAAUUACCCUGACCAGCUUUAACUUUAUAAGUCACAAAUGAGUAUAAAGGUUUAAACGAUCUCAACUCAAUAAACAAAAGGUCUAACGUGUUAGGGUGGUGAAAUUUGGCAAGUUGCAUGCUGGGAUGAAGGGCUAUAAAGUUUGUUAAAUUUACUGGCCUUAUUUGACUUUUAAGGUC